AUGGACGCGGAAGUUCGUGGCUACAGCAUCGAUGACCUCGCUGCGAUCUUCGCUGGAGAGUUUACGGUUGAGGAGAUUCGUGAACACCUCCGUGCACCCCAGACGUCCCGGCUUCGCAACGACGACGCGAUCGCCACGGAGUCCACGGCCGUGUUCGUUGCUGGGAUCAACUGGACGACCAGCCAGGAACGCCUGCGUGAAUUCUUCAGCAGCUGUGGAGACAUUCGACAUGCCCACCUGGCCGUAGAACGCAGCACAGGGCGAUCACGUGGCUUUGGAAAAGUGGUGUUCACCACUCCCCAGGCCGCCUCGUUGGCUCUGAAGCUGAACGGCCAGCGCUUGGAUGGGCGGCCGUUGACGGUGCGGAGCUUCGCGACGUCGCCGAACACGCCACGCAGAGGGCACGAGGUCUUCAUUGAGAGCCUCAGCUGGAGCACCAAGGAGGGACAGCUGCGACGCCACUUUGCUGCCUGCGGCGAGAUUUUGUCGUGUGAGGUGUUCUACAGCAAGACUGGAGAGCCCAAGGGUCGCGCCAAGCUUCGCUUCGCUCAGCGUUCCGGCGCGCAAGCUGCGGCGGAGAUGCAUCUGUCAGACUUGGAUGGCUGGACAUUGGCCGUCCGAGUCGCACAGGAGUCUGUGGCACCAGCGCUGCCAGUCGCGGUCCAGCGACCUGUGCCACCUGUGCCCGGUCGCUGCGUUCAACUGGCGCAGUGCAGUGGAGUGGAACUGUUGGAGAGAAUACCUGCUGAGCUGAUUAUCAAGGAGUGGCUCCAGUCCUUGGAGCCCAUGGGUUUCUUGCUGUGCUACCUGCCCAAGAUGCUGGCGCUUGGACAUCCCACCGUUCGUGGUCUUUCCAAGAGAUACAUCCGAAUGGACACGGCGUUGGUGCAAAUGGACUGGUCCAGUUUCUUUGAAGAUCUGCGAAUGGUGAAGUUGGGACAUCAGCGCCUAAUCCAGCGAUACUUUGCGGAUCUCAGCAAGGCAGAGCGGCAGAGCCAAGCAGCGGUCUCAAGUGCUGAAGUGCCCGGUGACGGUCCUGGCGACUUUCCGAUUUCUGGAGGAUGUGGUGAUGGUCUGCUGACAGCUUCAAUACUUUUGGAUGAGGAGGAUUCAAUACCUGGUGGUCUUAUGGACGAGACCUGCAGCGCUCAGCUUACAGUCGUCUCUGUGGUUACUGAACCAGAGACCAAGUUCUCCCCUUCGCACUAUGUGAGGUGCGAAGCUAUGGCUGUGGUCUUUGAGGAGCAGCGUGCCGCUGCGAAAGCCUUGAUUUGUGAGCAUUGUGAGCAGCGACCAGCUUCGGUGUACUGCAAGAAUGACAACGCCCACUUCUGCGCUGCCUGCGACGCCACGCAUCACUCCGAAAAUGAUUUCUUUGCUCGGCAUCAACGGUUCUCCCUCGAACACUCACCUCUGCAGUUCGGCUUUUGCCGUCAACACCCUUCUGAGCGCCAUGAAAGUGUUUGCUUGCAAUGCAAGACCAUGCUCUGCAGGAUGUGUAACAAGUUUGGCGAUCACGCACGGAAGGAACAUGAAGGACACACCUUGAUGUCUACGGUGGAAGCUUUUCAGCAAGCCAUGCAGGGCAGUACUGACUCGGAUCUGCGGCAAGAGAAGCAUUUGACUUCGCUGCGGGAUGCAUUGCAGGAUCGACAUAUCCAACUGACCGAGGUCCAUCACAACUUCCAGGAGACACAGCACCAGAUGGACGGAGUGCUCCGUGGCGCCUUGGAUCAGUUGGAGCGCGCGCAGUCGCGGAAGUUGGAAUUCCUGCAAUCCAUGAAGCGCCAGGUCACCACUCAGUUGCUCUUCAUCCAAUGGCUGGACAACUUUCAGGCCCAUGCGCGGAUGGCAUUACCUCCAGCAGAAUUCGUCGUGGCGACGAAGCGACAUGAAGGUCUUCUGGCGGCCCUCUUUGGGUCCAGUCAAGGCUCCAUCCCGAAGGGCGCGGAGCUGGGUCUGGGCUCGAUCCCCGCCUGGGUCAACGAGGAGCUGCUGCUGGAAGGCGCCGUGGCCGUUCAGCUGGCCUCGCUGCCGCCGCCCAUCGCUGAGCCCGGCCCGGCGGCGCCGAAGCCGGCGGCGGUCGCGGCGGAGCUGACGCCCACGUUGGAACUGCAGCUGUCCAACGGCAAGGCCAAUGAGGACCCUGGCAGCUCCUACCUGGAAGCCACGCCACGCGGCCGUGGCUCCAAACGGGCCAAAGCUGAGGCCGCAGGUAUUGCUGGUGUCAGCGAUACCCUCUAUGCACAACCCGCUCAGCCGGCUCUGGAGGAAAGUCGCCCCGAUUCGCCCGAUUCGCGUCCCGCCCUUCCAGCACCCGCGCCGGCGCUUCCAGCACCGGCGGCGGCGCCGGCACAUGGGCUCCUGGAUAAAGCCGCCGUGGCAGCGGUGGAGCAAGUGCCGAACCAAAAUGCCCGCGCGGAGUUUGAUGGUUACAUCUCCCAGGCUUUCGCGUAUUUGGAUGAAGCGCAAAAACGCAUGGAAUCACGCAUGGGCGUUCUCCCGAGCGUCUCUGCUGCCGUGCCGCCCCGGGUGGCAUCGCUUCAACUGGCGACCGAAGUCUUGGUGCAGCUGCGCCAGGGCGCGGAGCAGAUCGGGGGAGCCGCCAAGCCCUGGGGAGCCCUGCUGAUGUUGCUGAGCUCCUGCCCGGGCGGCGAACGCCAAGAGCUGCUGCUGAAGGCCCUGCGGGUAGCGGCGCCCAUAGGCGACACCGCGGGGCAGCUGGCGCGCGCGGUGGUGGAGGAUGAUGUGCAACGGACGCAGGUGCCGUCCCUGUUGGUCUCUGCGAAUGGGCUGCACAGUGCGCUGACCCAAGCCUUACAGCGGCUCAGUGCUGCUUCUUUUAUGGAGCGGGAGAUCACUAUCCUGAUUCGGGAGGUGGAAGUCUCUCCUUCUGGUGCCGCGGGAAAUUCAGCGAUGCAUUUGGCGGUGGAGAAUUGCAUCAAGAGCAUGGUCCAUUCUCUUCGCAGUGGUCAAGGGCAUGUUCAUCCUUCCUUGACAUCUUUGUGUCACUUGGUCUACUCUUCUGCGGAGGUGAAGUUCGGCAUCCUGGCGGCCCAAAACGCGGUGCUGACGCUGCUGCUGAGCCGCGUGGUGACGCCCAGCAUCCUCCGCGCGAAGGCGGCCGCAGGCGUUCCGCCGGGGACGCCGCUGCCGGAGCGGAGCGCCGAGCUGUCGCGGUUGUUGCAACGCAUUGCGCAUUUCGCUCAUCACGAGGAUCAGUCUUCGCGAGGGGAGGCGAGCGUCCCGGACCUGCCGCAAGUCCUGAAACACGUCGCGUCCCUGCGCGAGCUGGUCGCCAGGGUCCUGGCACUGCCGCCCGAUGCGCAGAUGGGUCUGAACGGAUCCCCAGAAGACAGCGAAGCCGCCGCCCUUUGGAUCGUCGAAAGCUGCCGCCGUUGGAGCGCCGGCGUUCCCUCCGUCCCAUCGCUGGACACGGCCGCCAGCCCAGUGGGCGACCCACCGGGCCGAGCGCGGCAGCAGCAACAGCUUCAGUUGGCCGCCGGCGCCUUCGCUCGUUUGGGCGACCCGGCGCAUGCCGCACACGCGAUGCCGCAGCCACCGCGUGGGCUGGGGUGA